AAAUUACAUUUUUGUUGUUUUUUGUUUUUGUGCUGAAGGUUUUAAGCCCGAGGGAGACCAGAAAAGAGGAGCAGCAGUGUGGUGGAAUACUCUAAAAGAGAGUAACGAGAGAGCGAUAAGUCUUUGGGAAAGAAAAACAAGAGACAAAGCAGCAUUUUCUGCCUUUCCCUGAAUAAUACGCAAGCCCACACUCUCGUACACACACUUCACUCCCUCUUGAAAAAGAAUCUUCGAACCAGCACCAAAUCAGAUGGAAAUAGAUACCCCUGCAACGACCCACGGAGGGUCACAAAAAUCAGUCCAUUUUGAAGUUCCGGAGAGCAUCCAAGUACCUGUGGACCUCACCGUUUCCAUAACGCAGCAGGAACAACAAGCAAAUGGCGCCUCGGGCAAGUCUAGACGCAGGAGGACCUCGUCCAGUGGCAGCAAGGACGACGAGUCUCUUGGUACGCCACCGCCUCGUCCGAUAGCUCCUUCAAAGCUCAGGAAGCUAGCCGAGAAGGAUAGACACCUUUCCCGCUCCGGGAAAGGUCGAGGCAAGCCAAAGAAGGGUGGUGCAGGUGGUAAAGGUACUUGGGGCAAACCAAUCGAUUUCUUUGACGAAGAAGGAGGACACAUCAAAGACUCUCGUGAUCCUAACUAUGACUCCGACGAAGCAGAUGAUGACACAUACAUUGACUCACCCGUUUCUCCUCAGCUGAAAGUUGAUGAAUUCAACAGACAGGCUGAAGCUCUUUUUAAAGAGUAUUUUGAUAAUAAUGACAAAGAUGAAGUUCUUGUCACCUUGCAAGAAUUGAAUAUUAAGAACAUAAAGCCAGAAAUUAUUCGUUCAUUGAUUGCUCUAGCUAUGGAGAACAAGCAGUGCAACUGUGAAAUGGCCUCACAGUUGAUCUCCUAUUUGUGUGGGCAGGUCAUAAAUGCCCGUGAAAUCAGCACAGGUUUUGAUAUUCUACUCCAGCAAUUGAAUGACUUAUCUCUUGAUGUCCCUAAUGCUUGUGAAGUCCUUGGUAGCUUCAUAGCAAGGGCAGUCGCUGAUGACUGCAUCCCACCCGCCUAUGUACAGAAUCAUCACACCACCAGUGACCCAUGUGUACUUAAAACUCUUAAAAGAGCUAAAGUCUUGCUUGGCAUGAGGCACAGCCAUGCCAAGCUUGAGAAUAUAUGGGGCAUAGGAGGUGGACAGCAACCAUUGUCUCACUUGAUUGAAAAAGUUAUCCUAAUCCUCAAGGAGUAUCUUUCUUGUGGUGACAAAGAUGAAGUUGUUCGCUGCCUCCAGGAAUUGUCUGUGCCUCAUUUUCAUCAUGAAGUUGUUUAUGAGGCUACUAUUCUUUUCAUGGAGGACGGGCGCGAUUCUUGUUCCCAGAAGAUGAUCGAUCUCCUCCAACACUUGUCUAUCACUACCCUUAUCACUAGUGAUCAGUUCCAGCAGGGUUUUCUCCGCAUUUUCAACGACAUGACCGAGAUUGUACUUGACAUACCUCAAGCUUAUCUCCUCCUCAACAAGUUCAUUGAGCGAGGACUCCAGGCUGGCUUUGUCUCUGCAGCAGUUGCUCAGGAAGUUCCUCAAAGGGGUCGCAAGCGUUUUGUCAGCGAAGGAGAUGGAGGAGCCUUCAAGAAUCCAGAAUACUGAGGAUCCAGUUGCUUCUCUCAUCGCAGUUGUUAAUUUUAGGACUUUUUGAGCUUGUAUGCAGCCCCUGCCCUCUCUCGUGUUUGUCAAGUAUCUACACAACGUCACUCAUUAUCUAGUUAGAGAAGCCCCUGCUAGUGUACACAAGUUAUUAGGACAUUACUAUCAUUAUUAUUAUUAUUAUUAUUAUUAUUAUUAUUAUUAUUAUUAUCAUUAUUAUUCUGGCUAAAGGAGAAAAAGGGAGUAAUCACUAAAGUUUAAAAGCAACAGUCAUUUUUAAUUUUCCAAAAAAAAGAGGUUGUGAGAGAAUUUUAUUUCUUUUUUGGAGGCCUUAUGUUCAAUCUGUUAUUGUUACUGUGCUAUAACUGUCUUGUAUUAUAUCAUUAUAUUGUUUGAUUUGUUUUAAAAAGAAAAAAAGAAA